CGCUCUCUCGUGUGUGUCUCAGUCGCUCUCCGCUGCUCAGUUCAUCAUGUUGGCUGGAGAAUGCUGCGUGCGGCUGCGCUCUCUCUCCUGCCCUGGCGCGGGACGCAUCUGUCCCACCCGCCGCAGCUGAGCACUCUCACGGAGGAGGACGAGCCAGAACGGCAGCAGCAGGACGAAGAGGACGAAGACGAAGGCUCCGGGGUCCAGCCGGACCCCAUGUCCCAACAGACGGCGUACCUGCUGGAGGGUCCGGAGGACAUGGUGGCGUCGUCCGGGGGGCUGAAGUCUCCAGACUGGGUGUACGAGUCCUACUACCGUAUGAGCCAGCAGCAUCCGCUCAUCGUGUUCCUGUUGCUCAUCGUCAUGGGAGCAUGCCUGGCUCUGCUCGCCGUGUUUUUUGCCUCCGGACUGACCAUGGAGGAGCACAUGGCCUUCAUCAUGACUGUGCCCACAACUCUGGCCAUUUUUCUCGCCAUCUUCAUCCUCGUCUGCAUUGAGUCGGUCUUCAAAAAGCUUCUCCGCCUCUUCUCCCUGCUCGUCUGGGGCUGUCUGGUUGCCAUGGGUUACCUCUUCAUGUUCUUCGGUGGGAUCAUCUGUCCAUGGGACCAGGUGUCGUUUUUCCUGUUUAUUGUGUUUGUGGUGUACACCAUGCUGCCGUUCUCCAUGAGGGAUGCCGUCAUCGCUAGUGUCCUCACUUCAUCCUCCCACACACUAGUGCUCAGCAUCUGGCUCUCAAACACUACGGGCCACAUGGAGGCCCUCGUCUGGCAGAUCCUGGCUAACAUCAUCAUCUUCAUCUGUGGAAAUGUGGCGGGAGCCUAUCACAAACACCUGAUGGAUCUGGCUCUCAAACAGACCUACCACGACACCUGCAACUGCAUCAAGUCUCCCAUCAAACUGGAAUUCGAGAAGCAUCAGCAGGAGCGUCUUUUGCUGUCCCUGCUGCCCGCCCACAUUGCGAGGGUGAUGAAGGCAGAGAUCAUUCAGAGACUGAAGGGGCCUAACUUUGGGCAGGCGGAAAACGCCAACAACUUCCACAACCUCUACGUACAGAGACACACCAAUGUAAGCAUUCUGUAUGCAGACAUUGUUGGAUUCACACGUCUGGCCAGUGACUGUUCACCUGGAGAACUUGUUUACAUGCUCAAUGAGCUCUUCGGCAAAUUUGACCAGAUAGCCAAGGAUAACGACUGCAUGCGGAUCAAGAUCCUGGGCGACUGCUAUUACUGUGUGUCAGGGCUGCCAGACCCGCUGACUGAUCACGCCAAGGACUGUGUGAAGAUGGGGCUGGACAUGUGUGAGGCUAUCAAGAAGGUGAGAGAUGCUACCGGGGUUGACAUUAGCAUGCGUGUUGGGGUGCACUCUGGGAAUGUUCUCUGUGGCGUGAUCGGCCUCCAGAAAUGGCAGUAUGAUGUUUGGUCACAUGACGUCACCCUGGCCAAUCACAUGGAAGCGGGGGGUGUACCUGGACGAGUUCACAUCUCUUCUGUGACACUGGAACAUUUGAAAGGAGCGUAUCAAGUCGAGCCAGGCAACGGACAAAGCAGAGAUUCUUACCUGAAAGAGCACGGCAUCGUCACGUACCUAGUCAUCAACCCGAAGGUAGAAAAACGGAGUCCCCCGCUACCUGCUCGUCUUCGCACCACUCUGGAUGGGGUCAAGAUGAGGGCAUCUGUCCGCAUGACACAGUACCUUGAGUCCUGGGGAGCAGCCAAACCGUUUGCUAACCUCCACCAUCGAGACAGCAUGACCAACGAGAACGGCAAGAUCAACACACACGAUGUGCCAUUAGGGCAGUACAACUUUCAACAAAGGUCUGAAAGAACAAAAUCACAGAAAAAGAGAUUUGAAGAGGAGUUGAACGAAAGAAUCAUUCGCACUAUUGAUGGCAUCAACUCACAGAAACAGUGGCUGAAGUCAGAGGACAUUCAAAGGAUAUCUCUGUUCUUUCAUAAUAAGACACUUGAAAAAGAGUUUGGUGUAUCUGAUGAUUUUGUCUCUCACAGAACUACCGUCCUUGGAGUUUCAUACGGAAUGGCUUUCCUGCUGCUCGGCUUGAUCCUCGCCAUUUGUUUUGCUGGUCACAUACUGCAAUGGGGCAAAGCAGCCUCCUGCACAAUGCCCUGGCUCCCUGGCUCCUCUAAAGUCAUCACCAACAAGCCCUGGAUACGACUUGCGCUCACCAUGGCAACCACUGCACUUAUCCUAGUCAUGGCUGUAUUCAAUAUGUUCUUCUUAGGCGAAGAUAGGAUGGUAGCAUCACCUCCACUCAACAUUUCCAACAACAGUAUGGAUGGUCCAGAUGGUCAAACCACAGACUCCUCAGACAACAAGUUCUACUUGCCAUAUUUCAUCUACAGCUGCAUUCUGGGAUUGAUCUCAUGCUCCGUGUUCCUGAGGAUAAACUAUGAGCUGAAGAUGAUAAUUAUGCUUGCUGCUGUAGUGGGUUAUAAUAUCAUCAUCCUUCAGACCCAUGCCUCUGUACUGGAUGAUUACAGCAUGGCCCUCUACAAGACCCAGCAAACGGACCGGCCAGGUGUUCUGAAAGAUUUGAAGACCAUGGGCUCUGUGUCAUUGUUCAUUUUCUUUGUCACUUUGCUUGUGCUUGCGAGACAGAAUGAAUAUUACUGUAGGUUAGACUUCCUGUGGAGGAACAAGUUUAAGAGGGAGUGUGAGGAGAUUGAGACCAUGGAGAACCUAAACCGGGUGCUUUUGGAAAACGUACUGCCUGCCCAUGUGGCAGAACAUUUCCUGGGGAGGAACUGGAAGAAUGAGGAUCUCUACCAUCAGUCGUAUGAUCUGGUAUGUGUGAUGUUCGCCUCCAUCCCAGACUUCAAGGAAUUUUACACAGAAUCGGAUGUUAAUAAGGAGGGAUUGGAGUGCCUCAGGCUCCUUAAUGAGAUUAUAGCAGAUUUUGAUGAGUUGCUGUCAAAACCCAAAUUCAGUGGCGUGGAGAAGAUCAAAACUAUUGGCAGCACAUACAUGGCUGCUACGGGGCUGAAUGUGACCCCUGGACCAGAGUAUGCGCAGGACCACGACCGGCAGUACAUGCACAUUGGAACAAUGGUGGAGUUUGCGUUUGCUUUGGUCGGGAAGCUUGACGUCAUCAACAAACAUUCCUUUAAUGACUUCAAGCUGCGAGUGGGAAUAAACCAUGGCCCAGUAAUUGCAGGAGUAAUCGGAGCACAGAAACCGCAGUACGAUAUCUGGGGGAACACUGUGAAUGUAGCCAGUAGGAUGGAAAGCACAGGGGUGCUUGGGAAAAUCCAGGUCACAGAGGAGACGAGUCGGAUCUUGCAGACAUUGGGCUACAUGUGUUCCUGUCGAGGGAUCAUCAAUGUGAAGGGCAAAGGGGAUCUCAAAACCUUCUUCGUUCACACUGAGAUGACACGAUCCUUAUCACAAGGGAAUGUAAUGCCUUGAACCUCAGUCACACACUAGUCAGUUAUUGACCUGAUUAAAACGUGUACAGUUCAAUAUAGCGUUGGCCUAUUGUAGUGGAGCUCUACAGCGUUCUGUUUGCACCACAUACACUAGAUUAUUUGCAUUGCUUUAUAAGUAAUGGAUGGCUCAGAGGCUCUGUGUAACUCAGACUUGUAAUUGUGUGUUGCUCAAUCCAUAAUUUAAAGCAGCGGAAUUUUGUAAAAUUAAAGACAGUUAACAAAGGUGGCCAUGUUUUGAUGCUAUCAUUUUGUUAUCCAUUAAAAUUUAUAUA